AUGGCUUUGUCACAAGCAGCAAAUUAUGUGGAGAAGGCCAUUGGCCACACUGGCGAUGCGACCACCGAGCAGAACAUGACUAACCCUGCUCGGGAUCGUGAGAAGUAUGCCGACCCCAGCGGCGAAACUAUGAAGGCCCUGGUUUGGAUGGGCAAGAACAGUGUCGAAGUCAUUGAUUCACCCAAACCCAGAAUUCUCGAGGACACAGAUGUGAUUGUCAAGGUUACCGGUAGCACAGUCUGCGGUAGCGAUCUGCAUCUACUCCACGGGGUUGUUGUCGAGAUGCAGAAAGGUGAUAUCCUGGGCCAUGAGUUUUGCGGCAAAGUCGACAAGGUCGGUCCUGCCGUCAAUGGAUUGAAGGAGAACGAUCGAGUUGUCUGCUCAUUUCAGAUUGCUUGUGGUCAAUGCAUGUACUGUAAGCGAAAGCUAUCAUCUCAAUGCGAAAGGACCAAUGAUAACAAAGUUGAGAAUAUCAUGUAUGGUGGCCGCACCGCUGGUAUGCUGGGAUAUUCUCACUUCACUGGUGGUUUCGCUGGUGGACAAGCCGAAUACGUAAGGGUGGCAUACGGGGAUGUCAACCUUCUCAAGUUGCCGGAUGAUGUUCCUGACGAGAAGGGUUUGUAUCUAUCUGAUGUUCUGGCCACUUCCUGGAACUGCGUUGUCGAUACAGGCGUCAAAGAAGGUGACGUCGUUGCCAUCUGGGGCUCAGGGCCAAUCGGUCAAAUGUGUGCCGAAAUGAGCUUCAUGAAUGGUGCGAAGCGGGUUAUUAUGAUUGAUGGUGGACCAGCUGCCUGGCGUUUGGACUUUAUCAAAGAGAAACUUCCCAAGGUCGAAACCUUAAAUUUCACCGACUUGCCGAAAGGAGAGUCCAUCACUUCGCAGCUCAAGAAAAUGGAGCACGGAGGACCUGAUGUUGCUCUUGAAUGUGCUGCCGGAGAGUACGCGAAAGGAUGGGCACACUACUUUGAGAUGUUGGCUGGUCUUGAAACCGAUACUUCUGAGAUCAUCAAUGAGAUGAUCACAUCUGUCAAAAGCUUCGGUCGGUGUGGUGUAACUGGUGUUUAUGUUGGAUUUACCAAUCAUUUCAACAUUGGAGCAUUGAUGGAACGUGGCAUCCGAUUGAUCGGCAAUGGCCAAGCUCCGGUACAUCUUUAUUGGGAGAAACUGCUCAAGAUGAUUCAGAGUGGAGAUCUCGAGCCAUUGCACAUGGUGACCCAUCGAUAUGAUAUUGCCGACAUCGACAAAGUAUACAUGAAGUUCGAUGCUCGUGAGAAGGGUGUUCAGAAAGUCUUUGUACAAACCAAGUUUUCAGACCCACCAUGCGAGGGGUCGCCGGAGUUGACAAAGCUAUAG